ACAUUUCUUACCUGCUCUACAUUACAUAAAAUGCAGUGGUUCGACAUAAAUUCAAAAACAUGAAUUAAUUUCAGUUCUAUAACAAAGAAUGAUUAAAUAUACUUAUCUGGAUGUGCAGUUAAAGUUACAAGACGAUACAGACGCUACACUUACACCCGCUUAUUUCUUGGGCAGUAUUAAUAAUUCUUUAAAAAGUUUGUUUGGAGAAAUUGGAGGACAAACUGAGUUAGAAAUAAUAGAGUUUUCUAUUGAUAAAAAACGUGGUAUAAUAAAGGUACCAUCAGAUUAUAAUAGACGUGUACGCAGCGCCAUUGCUUUGAUUGGAUACUAUCAAGACAUACGUUGCCAUUUUCGUGUGUUUCAGGAAUCAAGCAAGUUAUUGAAUUUAUAAAUAAUAAUAUAUA